UGGGGCACUUCCGGCGGGCGCGGGCCGGAAGGUGACAGCCGCUUCCGGCGGGGGCCGCUGCGUGCCGAGCGGCGCGGUCCCCCCCGGCUUGGCCCGCCAUGGGCCUGCGGGCGCUGCCGCUGCUGGAGCCAGGCCGCCGCCCGCAGCCGACCAAGUGGUACCGGUUGUCUCCGCGCGGUGAGCGGCCCCGCGGGCGCGUGGGCCACGGCUGCCUCUUCCUGCCCGGCGGCGGCCCCGGCCGCGUCCUCCUCCUGGGUGGCGCCGACCCCGCCGGCGCCUUUGCGGACGCCCACUUCGUGGAGCUGGGCGCGCACCGCUGGGCCGCGGCCGGCUGGAGCGGGCUGCGGCCGCGCUACGAGCACGCCACCUGCCUGCCCGCCGGCAGCCCCCCGCGCCUCUGGGUCUUCGGCGGUGCCCACCCGGCGGGGAACCGGAACUGCGUCCAGGUGCUGGACCUCGAAAUGGGAACCUGGAAGAGUCCUGAAGUGAGAGGCCUGCCGCCACUGCCUAGGACGUUUCACACAUCCUCAGCAGCUAUAGGAGACUGUCUGUAUGUGUUUGGAGGGGGAGAGAAAGGAGCAGAACCAGUUCAAGACCAGCAGCUGCAUGUGUUUGACACUGCCACCUUGUCCUGGUCCCAGCCGGAUACUCACGGUGAUCCCCCUUCUCCUCGGCACGGGCACGUUGUGGUUGCAGUUGGGACCAAACUGUUCAUCCACGGUGGUUUAGCUGGAGACACUUUUUACAAUGAUCUGUUCUGCAUUGAUACAAAUGAUAUGAGGUGGGUUAAGAUCCCAGCCACUGGCGAUGUCCCAGGAGGACGGGCAUCCCACUCAUCAGCCGUGUUUAAGGAUCACUUGUACAUUUUUGGUGGGAUAGGCCCAGCUGGGACACUAGACACUACAUACAAGUAUCACACAGAGAGGCAGCAGUGGACGCUCCUACAGUUUGAUUCCCCGCUGCCUGCUGGGAGGCUGGACCAUGCUAUGUGCAUCAUUCCCUGGCAGGCUGCGAAGAGUGGAGGCACCAGCACCUGGGAAGACAAAGCUGGGGAUGAGUCACCUGUGCUGGUGGGCAGCAACGGUGGCCCCCUGCAGCAGGGCCAGGAUAAGGGGUGUGCUGAGGGUGCAGUUGUGCACCUGCUGUUUGUAUUUGGUGGGAUGGACACACAGGGGGAAAUAUACAGGGACUGUGUGGUCAGUCUGAUUGAAUAGCACAGCUGUGGUCCUGCACAGCACCAGCCUUUUCUACGGUUUUAUAGUACAUCACAUUAAGUUGAUUCUUUCCAAUAAAGAAAUUCUUACCCUCAAA